GUUGGCUAAAGCAGGGAGGGCGAUAGACGGGGAAGUUGCAAAUCCUGUUGUUGUUUGAUAUUUGGGGCUUCUUUCAAAAUAUUCGGGGCUUAUGCCGGCGCCCUCUGGAGCGUGUGGCACCCUUUGCAUUUGCCUAUACUGCCUAUGCCACGGGCCGGCCCUUACCGUGUAGCAGCAACCAGAGCAGAGAGCUGUCGACGGAUACCAGCACUUGGAACUCAAUUUCAAUGCAAUCCAGCUUCGAGGACAAAGCUGUCUACAGCAAGCAUAUGGAAGAUGAUUACCAUCACGUUUCUCCUGCUGUCGAUUAUCUCUACAAGUAGCAAGGCAGAGAAUGCAGAGGAGCGACUGGUGAACUACCUGUUGGGUCCAGAGCGCUACAACAAACUGAUCAGACCAGCAGUUAAUAAAAGCCAACAGGUCACCAUCUCCAUACAGGUGUCUUUGUCUCAGCUCAUCAGUGUAAAUGAGAGAGAACAGAUAAUGACAACCAACUUGUGGCUGUUUCAGGAGUGGAAUGACUACCGGUUGAGAUGGGACCCAGACAAGUACAAUGGAAUAAAGAAACUGAGAAUACCAUCCAAGCAUAUCUGGCUUCCUGAUAUAGUGCUUUACAACAAUGCUGAUGGUGUGUACGAGGUUUCCUUCUAUUGCAAUGCUGUGGUAUCCAACACAGGGGACAUCUUCUGGCUUCCUCCAGCUAUCUACAAGUCAGCCUGUUCCAUUGAGGUGGAGAACUUUCCCUUUGACAAACAGAACUGCACUCUCAAAUUUCGUUCUUGGACUUAUGACCACACAGAAGUGGAUUUAGUCCUUAUAAGUGACUUUGCCAGCCGUGAUGACUACACGCCAAGUGGAGAGUGGGACAUUGUCUCACUCCCAGCACGUAAAAAUGAGGACCCUAAGGACUUCACCUACCUAGAUAUUACAUAUGAUUUUGUUAUCCAGAGGAAGCCACUAUUCUACACCCUUAACAUGAUAAUUCCAUGUGUACUCAUCACUUCUCUGGCAAUCCUUGGGUUCUACCUGCCAUCAGAUUGCAGGGAGAAGAUUGCAUUAUGCAUCUCAGUGCUGCUUGCACUAACUGUGUUCCUGCUGCUGAUAUCAAAGAUAGUACCACCCACGUCUCUCGCAGUGCCACUCAUAGGUAAAUAUUUGAUGUUCACCAUGGUGCUGGUUACUUUCUCAAUUGUGACCACAGUCUGUGUCCUCAAUGUGUACCAUCGAUCGCCAUCUACCCACCACAUGCCUGACUGGGUCAAACACCUCUUCUUAGUCCGCCUGCCCACAUUCCUCCUCAUGCGGCAUCCAGGAUCUGUCAGUGGAAAAAUCCUCCAAAGGUUGGUCAAAAAAAACAUUUUCCAGGGUGGCACAAAGAAGAAGCAGAACUGCAACAUUAGACCUGGCAGGAUCUCAAAAGACACUCACUCUUUCAAUGUGUCUGAGGACUUGGCACACAAGUUUGGCUGGAAGAUUGGUGAUAUCCAAGGUGAAGCUUGUGAGUUUCUGGACUUCCAGAGGGAUAGGUGGGAGGCGGAUCUGGAAGAAGCAGUAGAUGGAGUCAGAUACAUUGCUGAACACAUGAGGACAGAAGAGGACCAUGACAAGGUUAUAGAAGACUGGAAGUAUGUUGCCAUGGUGAUUGACCGUCUUUUCCUGUGGAUCUUCAUUCUGGUCAGUGUGGUGGGAACUCUUGGGCUCUUCUUGCAGCCCCUGUUUCAAAGCUACAGCACUGCCACUGCUGACAUAGAGUAUGGGGACUUUUAGGACUUUCCUGACAUGAGGAAGAAAGAAGUUGUAUGAAUGCCAUCAGAAACUUAAUUAGUUGGAAA